AUGCCAAAAGUGAGUGAUGAUCCUGAUCAAGCUUCAUCAUAUGACAAGUUGGCAACAGGAUCACAGAUGAACAUAGUGGAAGUUAUGGUUGACUCUGACAGUGCUGGUGGAAAAGCAGCAACAACAAGUAAUGCCCCAAGACACCAGAAGGCCAUGCUAAAACUGGAGAAUGGAGGUCCUUUGGACAUGGAUUGUGAUGCUCAAGUGCUGUGGAUGACUGUGUUCAGCCCUGCAGGAUGUAAAGCAAACCCAGUUAGCUGCAGGCUGUGGGCUGAGCCUCAGAAACCUGGUCUUUCUAUGAAUGGAGAUUUUAUAAUUGGAGGGAUUUUCACCAUUCACUACUACACAAACUCAGGACAGAACACCUACACCAUGCAGCCACCACAGCUACAGUGCACUGGGAGCAUGGACUUCAGACAGAUGCGCUACGCCCGUGCCUUGGAAUUUACUAUCUACGAGAUCAACAAUAGAACAGAUCUCCUGCCGGGCAUCACGCUGGGUUACCAGAUUUAUGACUCGUGCUCUGCUGAGCGGAAGGCAGUUGAAGCUGCUUUUCAAUUUGUUAACGGCUUGGACCCCGAUUUCAAUGACAGUAGUUCCUGUUUAAAUUCUGCAGCUACCGCGGUGUCUGCUCUAGUUGUAGAGUCUUCUUCUACCCCACCUGUUAGCAUGGCCAGAAUACUAGGGCUUUUUGGAAUUCCACAGGUGAGUGUCUACGCAACCUGCGCGUGUCUGAACGAUAAACAUCAGUUUCCUGCCUUCUUUAGGACUGUACCUAGUGACGAACACCAAGCUGUCGCACUGUCAAGAAUGAUCAGGCAUUUUGGCUGGACAUGGAUUGGGGCAGUGUGUAGCGACACUGAAUAUGGAAAUUACGGAAUGGCAGCGUUUCUUAAGGCUGCGCGGGAGGAGGGGAUCUGUGUGGAGUACUCCGAGGUCUACUACAGGACACAACCGCGCAGUAAACUGGAGAGAGUGGCAAAUGUCAUACGCAGAUCUACAGCCCGUGUAAUACUUGCGUUUCUAGCUUCGGGCGACAUGAAGUUCCUCUUAGAAGAACUGGCACGAGAACCUCUGCCUCCGAUUCAGUGGAUCGGCAGCGAAACGUGGAUCACAGAUGUAGACUUUCUGCGGUUUAACAUGUGCGCGGGCGCGGUAGGUUUUGGGGAACCCCUGGCACUUAUUUCAGGUCUUCAUGAGUUUCUUGUUGACCUGUCUCCCGCACAAGUAUCGAAAUCACCCCUGUUAACAGAACUUUGGGAGCGCUCGUUCAACUGUAACCUAAAAGGGCGAAUUGAUGCCUCAAUGAAUGUGCGGCAAUGCGACGGCAGUGAAGACAUCCGCGUGCUACAGAACCCAUAUACAUACACAUCUCAGUUGCGCAACACUGUCAUGGUCUACAAAGCUACAUAUGCUAUUGCACAUGCAAUCCACGGUGUUAUUUGUAAUAACACGCAAUGUAACAAAAACAUUCAGUUAUCACCAUGGCAGGUAUACAACCAUCUUAGGAGAGUAAACUUCACCACAAAGAAUGGUUAUCAGGUCAACUUUGAUUCCAAUGGCGAUCCGGUGGUUGUCUAUGAUGUCAUAAAUUGGCAGUAUAACAAAGAUGGUGCUUUAGAUAUGGUGACGGUGGGCUACUAUGACUCAUCGAAACCAAAAGGACAACAGUUCAGAAUGAGCAGUGCUGUCAGCUGGGUGGGGUUACAAACAGAGGUGCCAGUGUCUGUGUGCAGUGAGAGCUGUCCUCCAGGCACCAGGAAGGCUGUGCAGAAGGGAAGGCCUGUCUGCUGCUAUGACUGUAUACCAUGUGCAGAGGGAGAGAUCAGUAACAUGACAGACUCUUGGGGCUGUUUGCAUUGCUCUCCUGAGUUCUGGCCCAACUCCAAGCGAGACAGCUGCCUUCCCAAGCCAGUUGAGUUCCUGUCCUGGGAUGACACUUUGGGCAUUAUCCUGACAGUUUUCUCCAUCACUGGGGCCUUCAUGGCUGUGUGUGUGAUUGCUGUCUUCUACAAACACAGGGCAUCUCCCAUCGUCCGAGCCAACAACUCAGAGCUGAGCUUCCUGCUUCUCUUCUCCCUGAUUUUGUGUUUCCUCUGUUCACUUACUUUCAUUUGUCAGCCCUCUGAGUGGUCCUGUAUGCUGCGUCACACAGCGUUUGGGAUCACCUUCGUCCUCUGCAUCUCUUGUGUUUUGGGGAAAACAAUAGUGGUGUUAAUGGCCUUCAGGGCUACACUUCCAGGCAGUAAUGUCAUGAAAUGGUUUGGGCCUCCACAGCAGAGACUCAGUGUUCUUAUUUUCACUCUCAUACAGGUCCUUAUAUGUGCUAUUUGGUUAAAAUUAUCACCUCCUUUCCCUUUCAGAAAUCUAAAGCUUUAUAAGGAAAGAAUCAUCUUGGAAUGUGGCUUAGGUUCCGCUAUUGGUUUCUGGGCUGUACUGGGUUACAUAGGAUUCCUGGCUCUGUUAUGUUUUAUUUUGGCUUUUUUAGCACGGAGGUUGCCUGAUAACUUUAAUGAAGCGAAAUUCAUCACAUUCAGUAUGCUCAUAUUCUGUGCAGUUUGGAUCACCUUUAUUCCAGCUUAUGUAAGCUCUCCUGGAAAAGUUACUGUAGCUGUGGAGAUAUUUGCUAUUCUCGCCUCAAGCUUUGGAUUAAUCUUUUGUAUUUUCGCUCCCAAGUGUUUCAUAAUUGUAUUUAGGCCAGAGCAGAAUACCAAGAAACACCUUAUGGGUAAAGUACCUUCUAAAGCUCUUUAA